AUGGACAUGUUGCAGCCAGGACGGGAAGAUGGCCAGGACAAAGGAAUCCUGAGGUCAUUUCUCCCUGGGGAAGUACGACCCAUCCCCGCCUCCCGGCGCCACGCCAAGCAGGGUAAGGGGACCUGCCCCGCGACGCCACCCUGCCCGGCCGGGCUCCGCAGGGGGUCCCCAUGGCAGAGCCCUCAUCCCCCGCCCACGGCCUCGGCGCCACGGGACCGAAAGUGCCUGGGGCGGCGGGACCUCACCUGCCGCGGGGCUGGUGUGGGCGAGCCGCCGCGGUCACGCCGCGGGUCGGUCCGGCGGACGGCGGCCCAGAGCGCCUGGCUCUCGAAUCUCCGGCGCCGAUUGACGCGCUACGUUUACUUGGGCAGUUUAAUUAACCCCCGCACUGCCGGCCGGGCGCGGCUAACCGCCCGCCAGUGGGCCGGUGCUGUCCGUCGGGGGGCGCUCGGCGCGGCUCGUCCGCGCGGGGUGCUCUGGGUUGGGGCGGCUGCCGCGAAGAAGCGACGCUGCGGGCCCAGCGGCUGCAGAGGGCCCCGAGGGGAACCCAGAUGUCCCCCAACAUUCCUCUUGAGACCUCGCCCGACCCUCCAAGCUAUCCGGACCAGAGACAGACAGAUCUGGAUGCCUGGCCCAGAGAGGGACGGGCCCAUGCCGCGGCCACACAGCAGCUGGGACGCCACUUUACUCCACUUCCAUCCUCACCUGGACGCUGCAGUGUCCCUAUGCUAGUUACCCCGCUGUGGACCCUCUAAGUGCUCCUUCCUCCCUUUUCCCACCCAGCUCGGCCUUUGUCAGCCAUCUUGAGGGGAAAGGAAAGAGGCAAUCAAGUAAGGGCUGCCUGGGUUCCCAGGGCCCGCCAGCAUCCCCCAGCUGCAGCAGAGGUCCCUUGGUUAGCAAAUCUCUGCUGCCUCUACCAUUCGGUGGGCAAUGAACUAUAGAAGCGCAAAUUGGCACCUAAUAUUUAUCGUAACUGGUCUUUUUGUUUGUUUGCUUGUUUGUCAGUUAAUCUGUCUCCACACAUCCGACAGUAUAGGGUCACAGCAGAUGCUCAAUAAAUAUGUCAUAAAUGAAUGAAUAGGGCCGGGGAUUUAGCUCAGUGGCACCGGGCCUGCCUCGAAAGUCCAAGGUCCUGAGCUUGAGAUCCCCAGUACCAAAAAGAAAAAAACACAAUAAAGGAAUGAAUGGGAAAAUGAAUGAUUGAAGGCACUUACAGACCCUAUAGGAGCUGACGUGGCCUACCUUUUUGGGCAUUUUCUACACUCAUUUCUGACUUCACUCCAACGUUCUCUAUUUGCUGUUCCUCAAAGACAAGCAUUUCCCUACACGUGGGCCUUUGGCCUCUCUCUAAGACCUGGACAUUCUUUGCCCCGAUCUUGGCAUAGCCACUUUCUCAGUACUCAGAACCCACCCCCUAUCCCCCAAAAAGGAACUCUCCCAAAAUGUCACCUUCAGGAGAGGCUUUUUCCUGACUACUCCACUGAACACUGCCCUCUCGACCACUUCAGUUCUGUUUCAUUGGUUCAGGUAGCACUUAGAGCUAUCUGAAAUUGUCUUUGCAUAUUUCUUGUUUACAUCGCCCUUCAUGCACACUCACACUGUAAAGUUCCCUCCAGGAAGCAGAAACCACAUCUGUCUAUCUUGGUCCAAGCUGUGUCUCCAGCAUGGGGGUGGGGGUGGGGA